UUUACGACCAUCUCGGUGUGACGACGAAGAGGUCAGCGCUCAAAGGCGAUGGCUAAAUUGCUAAUCGGAUAAAACACACAGAGGAGAAAAAACACGAAUAAGCUGGACAGCGAAUGAAUGGAGCCAGACGUUCUGACCUAUCAGCACGCAGCAGCUCGCCCGCCAUUGGACGAUGACAUCGGGGAGGCGGGAUCAGACGAGGAAAAGUUCCGGAGUGUCUCUCGCGGCCUCGCUGCUUACACCGAUCCACCGUUCCGCCUCAAGUGCGGCUUUCUUCGGCAGACGGAACCGCCCGGCGGUCCGCCUUGGCCACUCGCCAACGGGUUCUGCGACACCCCCGGGGACGAGGCGGGAUUCGCCGAUUUCGCCGUGUUCGCUGAGCAGGCUGCCGACCCGUGGUGUUGCGGCUUCGCGGGAGCUACGAUGCCCUCGAACGGUCUGAGGGAAGCACGAGACGUCAUCAUGGACUCCGAACCCACAGCGUCUCUGCGCCGUCUCCAUCUCAGGACUCGGGACGCUCCCCGAAUGUUCCCCACCUCCGGGGAUCAGGACUCCCUCUCGUUCAAGGGUGCGUCUGAGAACUCGGAACCCAAGGUGUCCUCGCUUGCUCCCCACGAGCAUCACACCGAUGUUGACGGUGAAGAACACAUGGUCAAUGACAUGUGUUCCGCAUCUCAGGGAACGUGUCCUACCUCUAAGCCGUCCUCGCAAUUCCUCGCCGACGACUCCGGCGGUCCGCGGGGUCUCCCCCCGAGCGACAGCUUCGCGGACUUCUGCUCGGCCGCCACGCAACAAGCUGGCAGCGAAACGUGGGCCCACUUUAAAGACCAGGGCGACCGCACGCAACAACUCCUCCGGGCGUCUUUUCCCGAGAUGGAGGUCCCAUCUGUGAGCAAGGAGGAUGAGGAGGAGGUGCCCAGCUUGGAGGCACUGCUUCUUCCUCGACAUCUCCUUGACUGCGAGGAGGGCACUGUUGAGCGGGCCCAGCCAGGCUUUUGGCUCCCCCACCAGGACGCGCACUUCGUUGCAGGCCUCAAGUUCCAGUGGGGCUCAUCCCGCGCUAACAGGACGCUGCUCAGGUGUCUCGGCGUGGCCUCCAGGAACGCCCAGCCCAACAAGGACUGUUAUCCAGAACACACAGUAACCACCUCCAGGGCCCAAACUCACACACGUGGGCCUCUCAAACAACUCAAUGCAACGGAGCAGCCCAGGCCUUAGCAGUUCUCAGGUGAUCCUCGUCCUGUUAGUCAUCUCACUGUGUUCUCUCCCCUCAGGCAGAGGUUGGGAAAGUUGUUGCAGAAACGCUGAACAGUGUAAAAUGGUUGUUAUUUUUAGAUGUUAGAUGCUAUUUCUUGUAUCAUUCAUACAGUGUACAAUCUUUUCCGGGAUCUGUGAAUGAUUUUGUGAUUUAAUUUGAUAAUCAAAAGAAACCACUUGGCUGUGAUAGGACAAUGCAAACACAAAAUGGUGCACUCCAGCAACCUCAGAGUUACAUGACUUUCUUUGUCGUCAACUUUAAUGGGUCCACACCCUCUAUUUGUUCAUUUAUCUCUUAGUUAUUCUCUAUUUCCUGUCCACUGAAGUAUUACGCGUACGGGCAUGCCAAAUCCCUAGCUUCUCAGUGUUUCAUCAUGAAGAUUUUCCUAUCCUUGUAAAUAUUUUUUUUCCAUCAGGAUAAGAUGUGCCUUUAUACGCCAUCAAUUGUAUCCCCCCCCCCCCUCCGAAAAAAAAAAUAUUUAUGAAUUUUGUUUUUUGUUUAGUUUUUUUUGGGACCUGUUUUUACUUGACAAAUUAUUUUUGUUAAGUCUUCAGGUUUAUUGCUUCAAUCCAAAUGGCAUGCAGUACAAUGCAAAACUGUAAAUAGUGAAAUAAAUCAGAGGAUAUACUUGUGGCUUGUUUAAACUGUUUCUACAACAGUUCCGCAACCCCUUGUAUGUGCGGCACAUUUUUUGUGCCUUUUUGAUGCUUUAUACACAUCAUAUUUCUGGAUUAUAAACCUGCAAUAUUUGGCUACUGCGAUGGCAUGGACUCUUAAAACGCAGGCAACGUUAUCAAGACUGAAAACAAUGUAUGAAAAACAUCCACUAAUUGCGCUUUUUUAUUUACCAUUUAGAGAUGCUGUAUAUCUAUAUUUCAAAGACCCAAUCUUGGCUAUCAUGAUGACAGUCAGGCAGGGGAUUCUUAAACGGGGUUGACAGGCGUUACUGGCAAAUGUGAAAUUUUGAAAAAUAAAACUUUGACCACAACUACUUUCACUACU